GGAUCCCUGUCAGGAUUCUGUGAGUCAUUAGAUUGAGUCAAUAGGUUUGUCAGUCAGGGAUCAGAGUCUACGUGGUGAGGAGUGGAAUCAUCCUGAUUGUGCACCUAUCACCAUGGUUGAGACUCGUACUGGGCUAGAGACUAACCCCUAUAGCAAGGAGCAGCAAGAAAAGAUGAUCGCCUUAGUCAGAGAGAACAAAGAGAGAAAAGAGCGCGAGAAGCAGGCAAAGCUAAAGGCUAUCGCAGAUGAGCAGGCGGCAAAGAUGAAGAGGUUGGAGGAGGAGAUGAAGAGGGUACAACAGGAGGAGGAAGAAAGAAGGAAGGCUGCUGAAGCAGAAGCGGCAGCAGAAGAAGAGAAAGAGAGAAUGAGAAUUGAGAGUGGAGAAGGGAGCAGUGGUGGCACGAUGAAGUGGGAGACAGACACUGAGCUGGAGAAGAAGAUCAGCGAGUGGGUCGCUAAUUUAUCGUUGGGGGAAGACGAGGAGGCGGAGUCCUAUGUGACUACGGAUGAGAAGGCUGCGCUGGCCGGUGAGCUAGCAGCCAUGACAGACCCAAUGGAACGAAGAGAGAGGGAAGACGAGCAAAAGUUAGCAUGGAAGUUGAGAAUGAAGAGGGAGAAGAAGAGGAGGAGAGAGGAAGUGAAUAAGAUGACCACAGCAGUGGCAAGGGUGCAGGAGUGAAGAGCGGAGGUGCUGGCGCAGCCAGAUGAUAAGGCCAAGUGGGACAAGGUACUGGGCUAUCUAGAGGUGUUGAGCAAGGCCUGGAUGGAAGAGCGCCAGGCAAGUUGGAGCCAAGAUGUAGCCUUGAGUGCCAUGCGGUCAGGGUUUAGAGAUUUCGCGCGCGAGUUCGUCACCCAUAUUGGGGGCGAAGUCAAACAGUUGAGAGACAAUGUCGGGAAGUUUUGUAUGGGCGCCAUUCAGGGUGCCAAAGCUGUAGCCGCCGCAGAGGGAGAGGCCAGGCCCCGUAAGGACCCAGUGAAGCUUAAGUUUCCGGAUGCGUACGGGGGAAAGAAGGAAGAAAACUUUGAUAAAUGGGAAGCCAGUGUCAAUAGUUAUAUUUACUUGCA